AUGCCUGCAGAUCCAAGACUUAUCAUUAUCUCCAACCGUUUGCCAGUCACAAUCAAGCUAGUAAAUGGAAGUUAUGAGUGUUCUCAAUCAACUGGCGGCCUAGCCGGCGCUCUCAGCGGCCUAGGGAAAUCGAUGCCCUUCCGGUGGUUUGGAUGGCCAGGCCUUGAGAUACCUCAGGAGGAUGAAGAGCUUGUGAGCCAAAAGGUAGCCGAACAUAAUGUGCUGCCGAUAUUUCUAGAUAAUUCCACUUUGUGGCCACUUUUUCAUUACCAGCUACAUGAAAUGGGCCGCAUUGAUAAGGCUGCAUGGGAAGCUUAUUAUGAAGUUAAUCUCCUCUUCGCCAAAGUGAUCACCUCGCAGCUGCAUGACGGUGAUACUAUCUGGAUUCAUGAUUACCACUUGAUGCUCCUUCCGCAGUUCCUCCGCGAAAUUACGCAACAGUCCGGUUUGAAAGUCAAGAUCGGGUUUUUUCUACAUACCCCUUUCCCAAGCAGUGAAGUUUAUAGGAUUUUACCAAUGAGGAAAAAGAUCCUUACCGGUGUGUUGCACUGCGAUCUCAUUGGAUUCCACACAGCGAGCUACGCAAGACAUUUUCUGAGUAGUUGCUCUGAGGUUCUUGUGGCCGUUGGUGCCUUCCCAAUCGGUAUCCAACCUGAGCGUUUUGCAGAUGCUGUCCAUGGAAAUGAUGUCCAAGAACGAAUUCGGAUGCUCUUGCAGAGGUAUCAAGGCGCGAAAUUGAUUGUCAGUGUCGACCGUUUGGACUAUAUCAAAGGCUUGCCCCAGAAAUUGCACGCGCUGGAAGUAUUCUUGGCUCGCUACCCUGAAUGGGUUGGGAAAGUGGUUUUGAUGCAAGUCGCCGUGCCAACGAGACAAGACGUGGAAGAGUAUCAGAGCCUCCGGGCGGAAGUCAAUGAACUAGUAGGUAGGAUAAACGGAAAAUACGUCAGUUUCCUAUACAGAGCACUUGAUUUUGAGGAGAUUGUAGCUCUCUAUGCUGUCUCAGAUGUCUGCCUAGUCUCUUCUACUCGAGACGGUAUGAAUUUAGUGUCAUUGGAGUAUACUGCAUCCCAGCGUCUGAAGCAUGGAAGCCUAGUGUUAUCUGAAUUCACUGGUGCCGCAGAGGUCUUGGAUGGGAGUAUCGUCUUUAAUCCAUGGGAUGUUGAGGAAUCUGUUGAUGCUCUCCGUACUGCACUAACUAUGGAGGAGAAAGAAAGAGCAGCAAACUUUCACAAGCUAGAAGAACAUGUUAUAAGAAAUACAAGGAAAAUGGCAGAUGACUAG